AUGGUGCGGCAAGCAGCGUGGGAUGCUGAGGCGGAAGAUGCCAAGGCCAUGAUUGGACCUGGUGCUGGCGGAUGUGGUGUGGCUGCACUUUUCAGAGUCUUAGAUCCUCUUGGAAAGGGCUACGUGCUCGACACUGACCUGUUGCAGCUAAUGAAGGAGCAUGAGGCAAAAGUGCCAUUUGCCAACCUGUGCUCCAUUGUCCAAGAAGCAGAGCUUCGGAGAGGAGGCAGAGCCUUGGGCUUGAUGACGUUUCGGGAUUUCGGCAAGAUGAUCUUCCCCCUUGCCUCCAAGGAACACAAAGCCAUGUGUGAUGCUGUCUCUGAUGACGAUGCUAAAUCCGUGUUGUACCUCUUGCAUUUCUCAGAGCCUUGUCCACAAUGUGGUUUCAGAAUCCAACGAGACUCUGAUUCUGCCGGAUGUCCGAACGUGGUUUGCAGCCACUGCCAGACAGCUUUCAGGUGCUUUGUGGUUGGGAGGUCAUCCUUGGAGGGUCCAGCUGCCACAGCAGCUGACCGCUUCACACUCUGCCGGCUGGUCAGUGCAGUGGCUCGCUCUGCAGAGAACCUCCAGAUGGACCGCAAAAGACUUGCCAAAGAUGCUGGCUUUGAUCAAGCAUGCCUCCGAGAAGUUUUCAACUACAUCUCCACUGGGCACCCCAGCUUCGACACCAUGGACUUGCGCCAGGCCUUGCGGGACCAGCAGAUACCAAUUACAGAGAAGGAGAUGGAUUUGUUGUGGCACCGCUAUGCGCCUAACUUUGGUGCUGGGGUGUCCUUAGAGCACUUCCUCGCACAACUGCGCUAUGACCCAAUGUGGGCAACAGAUAGUUGCACAGCAACAAGCAGGCUACUGACUGCUGUGGUCAAGACCAUCCUUCGCCAAGCCGCCACGGACGCUGCUGCCGAGGAUGCGAAGGCCUUUUGCCCCAAGGGUUGCCCGCUCACGGUGCUCUUUCAAAGCUUGGAUCCCACUGAAAAGGGCUUCUUGCUGGACACGGAUUUCUGGCAGUUGGUCCAAGAUUUUCAUGGUGACAUCAGUUUUGGAGGCAUUUGCACCUUGGUGCAAGAGGUGCAGCUGCGGAAAAGGUAUGACUCAUGUCUUCCUGGCCGUCUCUCCUUGCGAGAGUUUGCAGUGCUUAUAUUUCCCUCUGACUCCAAAGAGUAUCAGGUUCUCCGUCCGUGCUCGUCCGAUAAUGAAGCAAAAGAUUUUCUCUAUUUGCUUCAGCAUUCAGAGGCUUGUCCCAAGUGUGGAGUCCACAUCCAGCGAGACUUCGAAGCGAGCGCAUGUCCCGAGGUUUCUUGCCCGAUUUGCCGUACCUCCUUCCGAUGCACCCGUGUGGGGGCAGGCACAGAUGUUCGGGGCCUUUCGGUGCAGGCCAGACAGCAACUCUGUCGUAUCAUUUGUGCUGCUGCGCGAGCAGCUGAGGACUGCUGA